CUGAGUGGGAACUCACCAUUCUCGGUUUCCCGACUAGGGCGUAUCGGCUGUGAUCUUCGCCGGGGAAGAUGGAGAUGCCGGAGGCUAAUAAAGGCACAGAGAUUCCAUCGAAUCAGACGAUCUACAUCAACAAUCUCAACGAGAAAGUGAAGCUCGAUGAGCUGAAGAAAUCGCUGAAUGCGGUGUUCUCGCAGUUCGGUAAGAUACUGGAGGUGUUGGCGUUUAAGACGCUGAAGCACAAAGGACAGGCAUGGGUUGUGUUCGAUAACGUUGAAUCUGCUUCAAAUGCCAUUGCCAAAAUGAAUGGAUUUCCCUUCUACGACAAGCCCAUGAGAUUACAAUUUGCCAAAACGAAAUCGGAUAUCAUUGCCAAAGCCGACGGUUCUUUCGUCCCUCGGGAGAAGAGAAAGAGACACGAGGAGAAAGGAGGGAAGAAACGGAAAGAUCAGAACCUUGAUUCUUCUCAGAUGACCGCUGCUUCAAUUCCGGCAUAUCUCGGCAUGUAUGGAGCUGCACCUCCGCUAUCACAAGUGCCUUACGCUGGUGGUGCAAGACCAGCUGUCCCUGAGGCUCCGGCUCCUCCGAAUAACAUCCUGUUUGUUCAGAACCUUCCUCACGAGACAACCCCGAUGAUGCUGCAAAUGUUGUUUUGCCAAUAUGCGGGUUUUAAGGAGGUUAGGAUGAUCGAAGCAAAGCCCGGGAUUGCCUUUGUGGAAUUUGGAGACGAGAUGCAGUCGACGGUGGCAAUGCAGGGACUUCAGGGUUUCAAGAUUCAGCAGAACCAAAUGCUCAUCACUUAUGCCAAGAAAUAAGACAUUUGACUAUUUCAGAUCUGUUGAUGAGCUCUUUCCAUCUCUGUCAAUACCUGCAUUUUAUCAGUUCAAUUGAUACUGUUGUUUCUUGAAAGUUUAA